AUUUUAAAAAUUUCAAUUGUUUAUUCAAGUCAAACCAAAAAAAAUUGCAGUAAAUACAAUUAAUAAAAAACAGUAUUAAUAAAUUUAGCAAUUGCAAUGGAAGUCGAUGAGGAAGAAGUCGAAGUUUCAACUUCCAGCGGCAGCAAGGGCGAAAAGAAAAGAUUCGAAGUCAAAAAGUGGAAUGCUGUGGCUUUAUGGGCUUGGGACAUAGUUGUGGAUAAUUGUGCUAUUUGCCGAAACCACAUUAUGGAUUUGUGUAUAGAAUGUCAAGCGAAUCAAGCAUCUGCAACGAGUGAAGAAUGUACAGUCGCUUGGGGAGUUUGCAAUCAUGCUUUCCAUUUUCAUUGUAUAUCGAGAUGGUUAAAGACGAGACAGGUUUGUCCUUUGGACAAUAGAGAGUGGGAAUUCCAAAAGUAUGGGCAUUAAUACAUAGAAGUCAUGUCUUGUAACAACCUGCGAGAAUAAAUUUUUAAUACAA